CCCAUAGAUACCCACUAAAUACCCACUCCGGGCCAGCUUGGCUGAUGCAGCCUUCAGAGUGUUCGCAUCGAGCCUGGAAGGCUAACAUACGGCAGUUACUGUUACUGAUGAUUCGGUUGGUGUUUUUUUUUAGAACCAACAUUGUUCCCCGCUAUUAAAAGGUUCGCGUCCACCACUAACACCACGAUGUUUCUUACACAACGACGGUUGAACUUGUUCAUCGACUCGAUAGACGAUAGUCUGGUUUGGCUUAUCAGUGGCUCAGAUCGUCAAUAUGAUACCCCUCGAAGUGUCCCUCCCGCCGUGGUCGUCGCUGGGCAAGCAAUCAUGGGCGACUGCUGUCAUUGUUUUGGUGACUGUCAUGGUGUGGUAUAAAUCAGUUCAAAACUACCGCUGGAACAAGAAAUACAAGUUUCCAAAUCGAAUACCAGGAGUUCCAAUCUUUGGAAACACAUUCCAGCUCCCCCCAAUCAACCAAGGACUCUGGGGGAAUGAGAAGAGAAUGAAAUAUGGUGAGAUGUAAGCAACUCCUCCUCUUCGUCUCCAAAAACAAAAAGAAGAAUGAUAGAUCAUCGGAAGCGUCAAGUGAGAUAAUCGAAUACUGACAAAAGGAAAAUAAUAGGUUCACCUGCAAAUUCGGCGUCCAAACCUGGGUCUUCCUCAACUCCUCCCGCGUGGUAAAAGACCUCCUCGAAAAGCGCUCCGCCAUCUACUCCUCGCGCCCCCACCUUCCCAUGGCCUCAACCCUGAUGUCGGGAUCCUCCCGCGUCCUCUUCAUGGGCUACAACGACCGCUGGCGUGCUAUUCGAAAAGUAAUGCACUCCAUCCUCAACGCCAAGAACGCACCAACCUUCGCAUCCUUCCAGGAUAUCGAGUCCAAACACCUGUUGUAUGAUUAUUUGCACAGUCCCGACAAGUGGAGUUUAGCGAAUCAGAGGUACUCGAACAGUGUAGUUAUGAGUGUGGUUUUUGGAAAGAGACAGGAACUGGAUCAUCCGGAAACGAAGGAGUUGCUAGAGACCAGCGCAGAUAUUUUGAAUGCGAUGCAACCGGGUGCUAAUAUUGUCGACGUUUUGCCAUUUCUAGAAAAGUUGCCGACUUGGUUGCAGUGGUGGAGAUCCAGAGGGCUGAGGGACCAGGAGAAAUGCAAAAGGUGAGAUACUCAAUUUGAAAAAUGAGUUUGGAUGCUAACCCCCUCGAAGAGUUUAUCAACGUGAAGUCGCAGAGUUGAAGGCCAGAGUCGAAGCAGGAACAGCUCGCGAUUGCUAUGCCCUUCAAUUCAUGAAAAACCCAGAGUCUCAGAAAUUUGGCGAGACACAGUUUCUUUUCUCUCUCGGUUCUCUAUUAGAAGCUGGAUCUGAUACUUCUCGUGUCGCUAUUACCCAAGUCUUGGCGGCGGCAUGUGUUGAUCCUCGCUGGGUGAAAACAGCCCGCGAACAGCUGGAUUCAGUUUGUGGAUCCAACGCAGAGCGUCUUCCCAGCGUUUCGGAUCGUGCCCAGCUGCCAUAUAUUACAGCAGUGACAAAAGAAUCAUUUCGAUGGAAGCCCCCACCACAAAUUGGGGUUCCCCACAUGUUGACUGAAGACGAUGAGUAUGAAGGAUACCGAUUUCCAAAGGGGACCGUUUUCACUUGGAAUGCUUUUGGAAUUAUUCUCAAUGAAGAGGAAUACGAUGAGCCGUUGCGGUUCUGGCCAGAACGAUUUUUGAAUGAAGAUUUGGAGAACGUUCUGAAGGGACAUUGGGGAUUUGGUGCUGGUGAGUCCUUCCUUCCUGGAUUUGCGUGAGGUAUAUUCUAACUGUUUCUGUAGGACGAAGGGUGUGUCCUGGAUAUCACGUUGGGGAGUCCAAUGUUUUUAUCGCUAUUGCGAGGUUGCUCUAUUGUUUCGAGUUCGAAGCUGUUGAGGUAAGUCGAUACAGCAUUCAAUAUCCCCAAAGAAUGUCGCUUACCAAAAUCCAGGAUCAACCUAUUGAUGUUUUCAAAACUAACUGGGCGGAUCAUCUUGGGGCUCCUUUUGCGAUGAAAAUCAAGCCACGAAGUCCCGCACACGCAGCAUUGGCUGAAAGAGAAGGGAAGGUCGCUGCGGAAACUAAGUAUUAGAAGCCAAAUUAGUGUGUAUAGAGAACAAAGAAAAAGAAUGUUAUUACGAUAUACAA